AUGAAGCAAGCUAUCCCGAUGGUGUUUACGGAAGCCAAACACAGACUCUGUAUGUGGAACAUUAUGAAGAAAGUGCCUUCAAAGGUCAGUGUCGCACUAAAUCAAGAUCCUAAUUUUAAUAAAGUAAUCAACAAGAUCGUAUGGAACAUACAUAUUGGACCAGCGGAGUUUGAGCGUCGUUGGCAUGAGAUGAUCGAGCAAUACAAUCUGGGGGGUGAUACUUGGUUCACAGAUAUGUAUGCAAUUCGACACUCGUGGAUUCCUGCCUUUUACAAGGACACUCCAAUGUCUGGUCUAAUGAAAACAACCUCAAGAUCCGAGAGUUCGAAUUCAUAUAUUAAUAUAUACGAAUCGUACUGGUUUAAUUUGGUUCAAAUCCUUAAUAAUUACGACGUAGCUAUAGAGAAGCAAAGAUACAGACAAUCUGUUCAUGAGACAGUAACGAGAACCGCUAAUCCAAAAUUUGUUACUCCGUUGCGUUUAGAAAGUUAUGCAUCAAGAAUAUACAGUCGGAAUGUGUUUUUUGACAUACAAAAGGAGAUAAAGAAGGCUGUAUGGUGUUGUGCUAUAGAGAAUGUCGAAUGCCAGGAUGUCUUAAAGACAUUCGUGAUAAGCCACAAGACGAAGAAAUCAUCUGAGAACAUCACAUAUCUGGUGAACCGUAAUUACUCAACAAAUACCGUCGAAUGCGAGUGCAACCUAUUCACGCGUAAUGGUUAUCUUUGUCGUCAUGCGUUCAAGGUAUUGAUAAACGAUGAAGUUGAAUUCAUACCGGAUAGAUAUGUGUUACGGCGAUGGAAACGACAGACAGUUCCAGUACAGAUACAAUCUGCAAGGGUUCGUUACGGCGAGGUUGACGAGAUCAUAAGCAUCGCCCAGAAUGAUAAGUCUAUAUUGGCUAGACUGGAGAGAAAUCUCGACACAUUUAUGGUUGAUAUAGCGAAGGAAGUUCCAUAUGAAGACCCAUCUCAACAGAGGAUGGAUGCAAUUAGGGAACAUCUAGGUGUUUCAAUACUGGAUGAGGUGGAUAUUCUAACAUCUUCUGGCAUUAGGAACAAGGGAUGCGGGACUAGUAAAAGACUGGAACUUGAAGUUGAUGUUGUUGAUAGUGCCUUCAUUUUCAUGGAGAAAGUAGCCUAUGUUCAUUGUAGCAUGCAUGAUGUAGGAAUCUCUAGAUUUGGAUCAGUUAACAAACAACAUCCUCAUUUGAAUGUUGCAAAAAUCUAUGCUGUCGAUGCCAUAUGA